GUUUGUGGAAUGUGAGACUGUACAUUUGUUUGAGGAGGAGAUCAGAGAUUGGCUGAGAAACAAGGGUUUGGAGAUAUCCCCAUUCUCUAUAGAAUAGAUUAAAUUUGGUAUUUCUGUAAACGACUGUAACAUAUACAUAUUUGUCAACAUUAUUAUGCUCCGGGCAAACAUUUUCCUACAUAAAUGUCGAUUUAUGAAAGUAAGGCCUACAUUUUCUAAUUGGCUUAAUGGGUUACAAUUAUCAAUCAAAUCUUGGAGAAUGUUUAAGAGUACAAAAGCUUUUAAAUGUAUGUAAACAUUUAAAGUCAUUUAGGUAGCCCUUUUUGGGUUUUUUUUUCAUAUUUUUUAUUAUUAUUAUUAUUUAAUACUGUAUCUGUAUUUGUUUUUGUUGUAUUUCAUUGACAUGUUUCGCUGAUGUUGAAAGUGCCUUGACUUUUGUGUGCAUUAUAAAUGUAUGUUUGUUGUUCAAUAUUUUUUUUUAUUUUUUUUAAAUAAAAAUUUAAAACAUAUACUUCUUUGCCGCACAAACUACGUGCAAGUGACAUUGUGUUUUUAUUUAUUUUAAAGUAUAUCAUGUCCUCUGCGUAACACAAAACCGUAUUCAAAAACAAAUACUCUAUUUUUUUAAAUUUUGUCCCAAAAUACUCGCCGUAGUCAAAAUGUCGGCGGGGCGAUUGAUGACGGAACCAAGAUGAAAUUCGUUUGCUUCACAAAAUUAAGUACAAGUUAUUUAUUUGUAUAUAUAUUGUAGUUGUGUUUCAUGGCUUGGAGUAAUGUCUUCUUAGGCAUAGGGAGCAAAAGUCACUGUAAAUGUUGGUCAUCGAAACCUCGCUGCCAGGCGAACGAGAGACUUAGCAGUCGAUGCUAAAUUAUGCUGCAUUGAUAUAAUUAAGCCACCCAGGACAAAAAAAGAGCUGACAAGUGUAAAGGGUCAGUCGUUUCAUCACUUUUGAGAACUGCAAAGGGGAUCAUGGCCGACCCACUCGUAACCUUCCAGUCGCAGCUUUCCGGUGUGAUGGAGACGGUAUUCAAAGCCGCCAUGUAUGAGAUCACCAGGCUUGUGCAGGACAGUUUCGUGGAGGAGGUCGCACGGUGCAGGGAGCAGGUCGAGCGCCUAAAGAGGAGACUAAAGUGGUCGGAGAGCAAACGCAAAGAGCCACAGGGCGACAGAGGACUGAAAUGUGCAGACUUCAGUGCACUGCAAGUGCCCAACAAAGAGAAGCCAAAAGUGAUGCAGAUAGAAAAAAACCUUAAACAAGAGAGUGAACUGCAAGAAGAUAUGCAAAGCCAAGAAGAUGCUGCUGGACAUCCUUCUCGUAUGGAAGAGGAGGUCUGUGUCGAUAUGAAAGUGUCACAGUCUUCAAACGUGCCAAAUCUAGACCGGCUGCUGAAGGAGGAAGCCCUUCGCAUUACACCCGAAGCUAAAGAUUCAGAGGACGUGGAUGAAUCAGAGACGUCAGUUCUGCCCGGGCCAAGUAAACACUCACACAUAAACUGGGAAGCAAGCUUUGACCAGACGUUGGACUCUUCUCAAAGUGUCCACUUGGAAACACCUCUGGAGGGCAGGUAUAUGAUGGAUGACUUUAGAAAGACUAAUUAUGGAGACACGAGCAUGGAUGAUGUUGCUAGUUUGGAACUACAAGGAUCCUCGCAACCAGGCGCAGACAUGACUUAUACCAGUCACUAUGAAGGGGAUAGAGACGCACCGGAGGAGGCUAAGGAACAAACUUUCCAAACAGGUGAACUGAUAUAUGGGGGUGGCUCAAGAGCUGACACAGAUUUAAGAGAAUUAUCUUGUUUGCUGAUUAACGAGGACGGUUACAUUCAGAACCAGAGCCUCAUGCAUGCUUCAAGCAGUUCAAGCCAAAGAUUGAGCUACCAGGACCAAGGCGACACAUCUUUGGUUAGCACAGGAGAUCUGUAUGGGUCCUCGAAAGCGUUCCCUGCUUGUGAUAACGCACAUUUUAAAGCAGAGAGAGGAGCGAGGGGCCGUUUUUGUAACCAACGCUCUCUCUCCUUUCCUCACUCUGCUGCCCAUAAUGCACACAAGCAAACACACGGAGGUAGCGCUCCACCGUGCUCCUGUGAGCACUGCAAAAAAGCAGUCACUCCAGCCUGUAACCUCGACGUCAGCCAGAGGAUCCAUUCAAGGCAGGAGCUUCACCAUUGCAGCCGUUGUGGUAAAAGUUUCUCAUUGUUCUCGGACCUGAAGACACACAAGUGUAGCCAGUGCGGCGACAAACGGUACUGCUGCGGCGUGUGCGGGAACAAAUUCAGCCGUUUGUGGAAUCUGAAGCUGCACCAGAGAAUCCACACCCAAGAAAAACCACAUCAGUGCACCACAUGUCACAAGAGCUUCACGCGAGCCGACAUAUUAAAGGUGCACCAGCGUACCCACACAGGAGAAAGACCAUACUGCUGUACUGUGUGCGGCCUUAGCUUUAAACGCCUGGAUCAUCUGAGAUCACAUCAACGCAAACAUUUGACACAUCUGUAGAGGCGUGAAUAUCAUAAUCAAACACUUUUUUGAUGCUUGUUAUUUCAGCUAAAUGAUGUCCUUUGGUCACUUCAUUUCUUUACUGUUCCUACAUUUUUUGGUAAUGUUAAAAUUAUAUUUGUUUGAAAAUGUAACAGAAGGAUUAAUAAGUUGUUCUUAUGUCUAGGAUUCCACUUUAUAUCAGGCUGUAUUAAUUAAUUAGGAAUGUUGUCUCUUAUAAGAGAGUCUGUUCUUUUGCCUUGACUCCCUUACAAACAUCAGUUUCUUUCGACUCCCAAACAACUCCUCAAAUGUUGUUGUUGCUUAUUGACUUAAUUUAUUACCCAAGUUCAUGCAAUAUAAUUUUUUUGUGUAAAAAUGUAAAUCACAUGUUUAAGGGUUACAAUCUAGUUGUGUGUAUUAUUUGUACUUUUCAAACUAUUUACACUGAAAUAAAAAUUAUAAUGACAAAAUAUGAAUGAGUAUGUAAAAUGUAAUGAAAAAGCUGUAUCCAGGUAACAGUUUUUGCUCGCGUUUAGCAAAUGUUAGCAUUCUGAAACAAACAAUCUUAAAUGUUGUUUCCUGCUGCUCAUGUUCUCCAUCUUUUCAACAUGUGGUCUCCAAUUAUGUAGCAAUAUUCUUUCACCCCGUCUCUUUCCCUCCUGUCUGUGUGCCCACGAUUGUGUUGUGUGUGUGUGUAACACCCCAACACCUCCACUUCUGCUCAGUGUCAACACAACACCAGACUUCCACUGGAUGCGAAACAGCAACAUGAUGGCGGCGGAUUCUUUCCGUUUCCAUUCAAGUCAAUGUGUCGAUAUCAACUGUUGCAGAACCACUUGCGCAUGGUGACACCAUGCCGGUGGCUUAUCGCAUUACUGCGCUAAAUGUACACAGAGAUUCUAUAUUUAUUUUAUAUAUUAUAUAUAUUUUAUACUUUUUUUUCUCCUUUGAUGUGCCUGAAAGAGUGGCAGCAUAUCACAGUAGCUCCUUUGAUUUCCUCCAUUUUACUUUAUUUUUGGUAUUAUUCUCAACUUUUCUUGCUUUUUUUAAUCACUUAUCUUUAUUUUCCUUGUGGAUCAAUAAAGUUUGUCUAAGCGUGUAUUUGCCAUACGGCAUAACACAGCGGAUCAAUUUAGCUAAC